AUGCCUUUAGGCAAUUCAAUGACUAGGCUUCUACUGGCAGAUUUAGACAUUCCCCCACCAGCUGAAAGUGGACACAGAAAGAAACCCGGACAAGGAGCAUCUCAAUCAAUCGGCAUUGCUUGUGAGACAAACACAGAUAAGAAAUAUAUCAUAAGUGCUGUGUUGCAAAAUAAACUUUGUUGGACUGGAGCGUGGCUAAGAAACACAGGCAUUACUGUCAACUGUCCAGGACACGAGGGAUGCACAGCAAAUCUGACAAGACAUGCACCUUUAACUGAGAGAGAAAUGGGGAGAAUAAUUGGUGAAGAUUUAUCUAUUCAAGGGAUGCUCAUCAUGUUUGCCACAACAGACGGAGAUUCAACGUCAGCUACCGGAAUUGAAGAGGCAAUGAGAACUUUACAUCCUAUGUGGAAAGUUGAAAGACUAGCUGACCCAGCCCAUCUUAGUGCAUCUCAGUUUCGCCAAUGUUUUAAGGCUAAUUUUCUCGACGGAAUGUUCAGAGGCAAAACAAAAGUUGAAAAAACAAAUCAAAAGAAAACUUUGAGCCAGGACAUAAAAUCUAGGUGUAGCCUUGUGAUCAAAGAGAUGUACUCUACUUACUGCGGAGAUGUGGACAAACUGAAAAAACAGCUACCGAAAAUACUACAAGCAACUGUUAUGUGCUACGAUGGAGACUGUUCCAAGUGCCGUUCCAACUCUGUGGUCUGUAGUGGCGGUCACAGCAACAACUGGUGGAAUCGAUCCAUGUUUCUGGCUUCAAACAACUUAACGAGCCUGGAAAUGAAUGACAAUGAUAAGUUUCUGUUAAAUGAACUUUUAAAAAUAAGAUUAAGUGAGGAAGCCAUUGACAAAACCCGUUAUAAGACUGAGUCAAUAAAUCGAUCCAUAAACAUUUCGCUUCCAAAGAGUGUCAAUUAUGGAAGAAAUGCUAUGGGGCGGCUAUCAUCAACUAUUCUUCGAUCAAAUAUUGGGAUAAAGGAGGCAACACAGACAAAAGCAGAGUUUUUAGGGGCAAAAUUGUCCCCUAAGUGUUUACAAGCACUAAGCAGUAUUCAGAAAAAAUCAGUGUUCCAUAGAGAUUAUGAAACAAGACCAGAAGUUAAGAGAAGAAAGCUUCUCGCUCGAGGAAGAAAUAUCCAUGAAUUUGCAAAAUAUAAAAAAUUCAAUACAGUGGGUACAGAAAAGGACAAUUAG